GUUUUGAUAAAUGAUUGAAUUAUGAUACUGAAGACGAUUCAGAUUCUUAUAGAAUUAAUUAUAGCAAUGAAUGUGAAAGUGACGUACUAAUUAAUUACAAAAUUGUAAUGAUGGCUAGCACAAAGUCGAACUUAGUUUUUAAUUAGAAAUAUUAUAUUGUAACGUCUGAACUAUUAUCUUUGUUCGACCAUAAUUAAUUAUUAUAAACUUAGGACAAUAAUGCCGAGACAAGUAUAUGGUAGAAGGUGUUGGUGAAGAGAAGACCAAGCUCAUCAUCAUCUAUAGAGAGAGAUAUAUAUAUAUAUAUAUAUAUAGAGAGAGAGAGAGAGAGAGAGAGAGAGAGAGAGAGAGAGAGAUAGAGUUCUUCUACGAUAAUGGAGAAACUUACAAAGAAAGCUCUCAUGUACGCUGAGAAUCUUACACUUCCCUCGGUGAUAGAAGUAACUGCAAACAUGGGGUGUACGCUGUGUCAACGGAGAGUUGGCCACAUUGUUUCAAAGAUGACAGGACUAACAGAGUACACAGUGGACGUGAGGAAUAAACAAGUGAUCAUUAAGGGAGAUGUCAGAUUUCAAUGCAACACAAGAAAUGAUGGUCUCAAGAGCAAAACAAAGAGAUCAACAAAUCUACUUAGUUUCUUAAUCAAUUGUUUUAGAGCCACUACAUUACUAAAUUGUUGUGUCAUUGAGCUUGAACCAUCUAUCCUAUGUUAAUUGCAUGUCACAAACCCUGCAAACUUGGACACAUGUCCUCUUAUUAUUA